GCUAUUACCGCCCCGAUGCGCGCACACAGAGACGGCUGAAUUCUAGCCAAAGGAAGCGAAUCACAGGGAAAUCACCGCUGCUGGAAAAUGGUAAAGAAGCAUCUGGUAUGGCAGCCAUCAGGAAAAAGCUGGUGAUUGUGGGCAAUGGUGCAUGUGGGAAAACAUGCCUUCUGAUCGUGUUCAGUAAGGACCAGUUUCCUGAGGUCUACGUCCCCACUGUCUUUGAGAACUACGUCGCCGAUAUCGAGGUGGAUGGCAAACAGGUGGAGCUGGCUCUGUGGGACACGGCAGGUCAGGAGGACUAUGACCGGCUUUGUCCUCUCUCCUACCCUGACACCGAUGUCAUCCUCAUGUGCUUCUCCAUCGACAAGCCAGCCAGUUUGGAGAACAUUCCAGAGAAGUGGACCCCUGGGGUGAAGGACUUCUGUCCCAAUGUUCCCAUAAUCCCUGUGGGCAACAUGAAGGAUCUCCACAACGAUGAACACACACGCCGGGAACUGGCGGAAAUGAAACAGGAGCCAGUGAGGCAGGAGGAAUGGCGGGAUAUGGCCAAUCGUAUCAAAGCUUUCGGCUACAUGGAGUGUUCAGCAAAAACAAAGGAUGGAGUGAGGAAGGUGUUUGAAAUGGCCACUAGGGUGGCGCAGCAGGCACGCAGAGGGAAAAAGAGCAACAAAUGCCUCCUGCUAUAAAUUGUAUAGAAGGGUGCACCCCCUACAGACAUGCACAUUAUAUGCACAUUAUACAAACGCAGUAUGUGCAUUGUAUUUUUAAAUUAUAUAAACACAAUGCACAUACACCCCAACAGACACACACUAUACACACUGAGUGAACAUACUCUCACACAUGCCCUACAGUAACACACAUUAUACAUACAUACUGUACAUC